AUGCAGUGUGUCUACAUCUUACUGUGCCUCAGCCUGUGUGUGCGGGGACUUUACAUCAGUAUGCUGGACAGCCAGGUAGAUUUUGGCCUGCAGAUCUACUCCAGACUGGUGCCUGGUUCCUAUUCUAACCCCCCGAAGCAGAACCUGGUAUUUUCACCCUAUGGAGUGUCCUCUGUUCUGGGAAUACUACAGCUAGGUUCUUCCGGUGAGACAUUGACAACACUGACCUCCAGGUUGGGCUACUCUCUUCAAGAUCCUAUGUCCCUCCAAAAACAACAUCUCCUGCAUGUUGAGCUCUCCAGUGAACAGGUGGUUCAGAUGGCCAGCAUAAUGCUGGUAGAACAAGACAUGGUUCUGCAGGAGGGCUUCCUUUGGGCCCUUGAUAAGGGUUUCCAGAGUAGCCCCCUGCCACUGGACUUUUCUAGGCCAGACGAGGCUCUCUCAUUUGUCAACAGCUGGGUCUCAGAGCAGACUGAAGGGACAAUUCCUGCUUUUCUGCAGCCUGGCAUCUUCACCAAGGACAGCCGCCUGGUGCUGCUGAAUGCCAUGAACUUCAAGGGGCUCUGGAAGUUUCCCUUUGAUCCCAAGUUGACUCAGGAGCAACCUUUUCUCUCUUCCGAUGGAAGUUCUGUUGUUGUGCCCAUGAUGAAAAAUAUCCGGCGUCAUUAUUGCGGUCGCUUUGUUACUGCAGCCAGUGUGGAGUACAAUGUGGUGGAGUUGCCCUACGCACGGGGCAACCUCAGUAUGUUGCUGGUAGCUCCCGUUGUUCAGCAUGUCCCGCUCUCAGUCUUGACCAAGGAGCUUUCAGUCCACAGCCUCCAGGAGUGGAGAGCCAAGCUAGAAAAGGUCCCUCUGAAGCUAGUCCUGCCCAGGUUCAUCAUAGAGUCUGAGUUGGACCUGAAGGCCAGUCUCUCCAGCGAGGGCCUGGGGAAUCUCUUCUGCCAGAAGAAUGCUGACUUCUCACGCAUCACCACUGUGGAGAAGCUAUACGUGUCCAAUGUGCUGCAGAGAGUGAAAGUGGAGGUGAAUGAAGAGGGAACCGAUGGUUCCUCAGCCACAGCUGCAAUCCUUUUCGCCCGGAUGGCUGUUCAGGAGAUAACCCUGGACAGAUCUUUCCUUUUUCUCAUUCAACACAUGCCAACAGGUGCUAUCCUGUUCAUGGGUGAGGUCAACCGGCCUCAGUGAACUCAACACCCCCACCCACCCCCCCAGAACCUGAUUAUCACAUUCAAAUACAGAAAAAAAUGCUGUUGGAUGAUGGUAGUGACAGAUCUUGGCAAGGUCGGGAUGGCAAAUUACCCAAGGUGGUAAAUCCCCCCCCACUCCAAGGGGGGUGACUUCACUCUUUAAGGGUUUGAUAUCACUCCACUCUGUAUUGGAUCGUGCUUCACUUGCAUUGAGCUACAAGCCUUUGCAAUAGAUGCAGUGGAUCAUCCUUGAAUUGUUGAAGUUCAAAGUGUACAUACGAUGCAGUGACAGACUCAUGCCAAUAAACACAGGAUAAUAAGAACUGCAUGCAUGCAAAAUGUGGGGAAGAUGUGGAGGAAACACCGGGAUUGAGCUGAAGGAGACAGUUGGCAGCUCAAAGCAGUUUAGCUUAUUCUUUUCUCACCUGUUCUUGUUAUCGUAUUGUGUUUUUUAAUCUUUCAAAAAUGCAUAUCCUUUUGAGAACCAUAACAUAA